CUCACUCACUCUAUCACUCUCUCAAACUAAGUAGAGAGUCUCAACACUAUGCGGCUGCCAGGAAAGGUGACAUACUUUAUUCUACUUAGUUUGGGAUGCAGUGCUGCAGCAUUCAUAUUCCACAUCGCAGCACUUGUCACCCAAUUCUGGAGGUUGACAUCCUACCAAGGAAAGGAGUACAUCCGUGAUGGGUUGUGGAAGAGAUGUGUCAAAAUUGAUGGGAUCAAGGGAUAUGUUUGUGGUGACAUCCAAGAGGAAGAAAUGGAUGCUUUGUUUCGAGCUGUACAAUGUAGUGUAUUAUUAGGAUUGUUGUUCACUCUGAUUGGAGGUGUGUCUACUGCUGGAGCACUUAUCCUAGCCAAAGGGAGGAAAGGCCAUACCAAACUGUUAAGGUUUGCGGUAGUCAUCGACCAUCUAGCUGUAAUCUCACUUAUCGUAACCAUUGUAGCCUAUGGAGUGUACACAAAUAAAUACAUCAAGGAAAUGUCUAAAAAUUCGGACACGGCGGUGGUUUUUGGUUUCUCCUACGUGGUGGAAAUAAUCACUGGCGGCUUGAAAUUGUUGGCGGGAAUCAUGGCCGAGAUUCACAUCCGGUUUAAGGACGAAGUGGAUCAUCUGACUUAUCAGCCCGAUGUCGAGGAAACGAUGGAAGACGAAAUCGCCUCCAAGAUAAAUGAUGAUCCACAACCUGAAGAGUCAAAGACGCCUCAGGGUUUGCAGAAGCCAAAAGGUGUAAAGAAAUCGAACAGGUCAAACCAUCAGAUCAAGCCAGAAGAAGACAAAUUUGAAGAAAUUGAAGAAACUUGUCGUUUGUAAUUUGAAAUUAAAUGCUGCAGAAUG